CAGCUUUCCUAAAGGAUCAAUUCGUCAACCUGGGACAUGGGAGUAGCUUCUCCGAUGAAGCUACCCACAGUAGCUAUGGACGUUCCAUACCUAGUGCAACCACGAAUCAUUCACAUGCAUCUUCGCCGCUAAAUUCCGCUGUUCCUUCGACUCAGCUCGCAAGUGCACCGAACACGAGUCGAUUACCUGGUGCAACCUUCAAUAUCGAUACAAAAGGCGGUAUGUCCACCCCAACUUUGGCUCUGACCCUUCCUUCGCCGAAGACUGGUUUCCAUUCAUCUGCGAUUUCAUUAGCAAACUCUGCAUCAAAUGAACUACAUAUCGUUGAUCAAGCAGGGGGUCUUACCCCCGCUUUCUCAGCUGCAGAUAGUCCUUCCACCAACAAACUUCAUGCUGAUGGAGUUUUUCUAUCACGUUCUCUGAUUGAAUUUGUCUUCAACGCAUACGACGCCAAACUGCUCAAAUCGAGUCCUGAAGUGCGGAGGGCUGUGCGUAAGGAGCAAAAAGCUAACAGGUAUAGGAAGAAGGAUUCCGUAUCGUAUGCGCGUGAAGACGAUGGAACAGGAAAGGAUGGAUUAUCUUCAAUUGCUGGUCUACCCAGCGUGGCAUCGCAUUCUCACCUCCUUUCAGGAAGCUCCCUUCCUCUCGCAUCUGGCUUCAAGACAGGACUUGCCAGUGGUUUGACAGGAACAUUGGCUAGCACGCUCACUGGAGGAAGCAUGAAUUCCGGCGCUGCUAGUGUUUUGAUGCCCAUGUCAGAUUUGGAGGAAUUCAUUGAAGUUAUUCUUGGGGAGAUCAGUUAUAGACGAAAUAGGGAAGAGAAGAGAGAGAAGAGGGAAAGGAAGGAAAGAAUCAAGAUAAGAAUAAAGGAGGAGAAGGAGGAGCAGAAGGAACGCGAGCGUGAACGAGAACGAGAUAAGAAAGGCGCUGAUAAUCUUUCAUCAUCCUCUUCAUCGGAUGGACUGGUUGACUUUUCCAGGGCGGCCAAGAAAGUUAAGGCCAAAGUGAAAGGACGAUCUGUUGAUAAGGGAGACGAAAGAGAUUCGGAGGAGGCAAAGGAUGUUGUCAAAGAACAUAAAAGGCGAAAGGACAAGGAUAAUGUGGGUGGAGUUGGCGGGUUGGUGUUAGGUCUCUGGACAGGGAGAGUCAAUCUGGUCAUCAAACUACGAGAAAAAACUGAAGAACGAGAGCGCGAACGGGAGAGGAGUAUCCAGUUUUCUGAUGCACGCCAAGUGGCGGAACGAGAUGGUGUACUUUCGGAUGGUGUUACUUCGUGGCAAAGUAAUCCCAAGAAUACCUCUAAAGAUUUCCAUAAUCGACCGUCACUUUGGAGUGACGGAGAUGCCGACACUCACGCUUAUUCUUACGAUGAUAGAAAGAGAAUCUCACUUCCUGCACGCGAUGGAACUUCCCCAACAUUUGCACGGAGGUCCAGUGUAUCUGGCACGGGAUCCAGAGGCAGAUAUGGUUCGGUUCAGAACGUCUUAACGCCCGAAAAGUCAGAUGGGCGUAGUACUGAGGAAGAAGGACCUGGUUUGCUUGGUUCGGAAACUUUAGGUGCCUUAUGGGCCAAAAGUGGGUCCAAAGUGAAAGAUAAAUUGGAGAGCUGGGCCGGGUGAGUUUUACAUACGAAGGUUGCUUUCUCACUGACCUCUACCCUCCAGAUUGUCCAAGGUUGAUAGCAAAUUGACCAAAACACGGACCAAACAUCACACUGUCCAUGCUACACUGAUGCCCCACGCAGAAUCCAACGUCGUAAGUCUCUCUCCAACACCCUCUCCUCCGGGUUCUCCCUCCAUUCCUCAUUUCAUUACACGAGAACCUCCGUCACCAACCCAGCCCUUCCACGUCCCUUCCGUGCCUUCUUCUGCUGCUGCAAAGAAAUCCUCGGGAGGGAAACUUUCAAUACCAUCCUUCGGGAGUCUCGGUCCCCACCAAUCCCAAAUACAUCUCCAUUCACGUUCACAUUCUCCAGUGUACGGUGAUGACGAUGACGAUCUCUUGAGUAGCGGCCAAGUAUCUCCAAUCGGAUACGGGUCUGGCUAUGGACUUGGAUUUGAAUCUGGCACUGAUGAUCCAAG